CCCGGGGCGGAAGCGCUGCCCUGAGCGGUUUUCCCCGGCGGCGGCGGUGGCGGCAGUGGAGGGGUUUCCGCUAUGGAAGGCUCCGGCCCGUGUUCGGGUUCGGGCGCCGCGGGGCGGCUGUUAACGGAGGACGAGAUGGCCGAGGUGAAGAAGGACGCUUUAGAAAGGAUGCGUCCUUACCUGUGUGAUAAAAUCAUAGCUGAGAGACACUUUGAUUACCUACGUUCAAAGAAAAUACUCACCAGAGAGGACACAGAAGAAAUUUCUUCUCGAUCUUCCAGUAGGAAAAAAACUGGAAAGUUACUGGACUACUUAGCAGAAAACCCAAAGGGACUAGAUGCUUUGAUUGACUCUAUCAGACGAGAAAGAACACAAAACUUCCUGUUACAAAAGAUAACUGAUGUAGUGUUGAAAGUCAAAAAUGAAAAACUUGAAGCUCUCAAAGGUCUAAGCUGCAGCACCUGUAUGACCUCAUUGUAUGGAGGAACGAAUAAUCUUUCCAGAUCAUAUUCUGAUGAAUCUAAUUUUUUUGAUAAAACAAAAGACAAAGAAUCUACUCAGAUACAUCAUCCAGAAGAAGAUUAUAGCACCGCCGCAUUUGUGUCUGCUGUCUCUCUUCAUUCAAUGAAUUUGCCAAUUGCAGAGAUGGGAAAUGCGGAGAGUGCUGUUUUCUCAGCCACCCUUCCAGGGCCUGGAGACCCCGGCGGACCCCCUCUCCCCCCAGAGCUCCAGGCAGAGCAGCAAGAACCAUGUACUAGUUCAAGUGACAAUUGCUUUUUGCCUUUAAGGUCACGUUCUCUUCAGCCACAGUGAAGAACGGAGUGACUUUUGUCUGUUCAUCCAAAUGGUACUGAAACUUUGUGUGCUGUCUUAUAAAGGUUAAAAAAAUGUUUUCAACUGCUAACUAGCAAAAUCAGGGGAAACAAUCUACGCUAUUUACUGUUUUUUAAGGAGUAGUUAUUUCUGUUAUUGGGUGACUCUGGAGCUGCUUGAUUUUUUUAUGUUCUUUAGGGACCUUCUUCCAAAAGAUCAUGGUAUUACACCAGCCAAGGUUUGUUUUUUUUUUAAACCAACGUAUUUAAGAUUUCACAUUUAGUUGCAGAUAUUGAAGAUGCAGUUAUAGAACAAAGAGAUUUUUUUUUUUUUUUUCCUACAGGAACUAAGAAAUCUGGGGGGUUUUUCUUAAAGUUCCUGUGACAAGUGAAUUGGGGAAGAUGGUUAGGAAAAGUAUUAAGUGUUGAAAAAUAACUUUCUGAACUAAAAGCUUAAGCUCACUUACCAAAAAAAGCUUAAACUCGUUUACCAAAUUUUAAACGUUUCUCUGUAGGAUAAAUUCUGCCCUCUAUGUAUGUGUGUGCAGCUCCAUUUGCAAGAAACCACACGGAUCUGGCCAAAUCUGUAGCUAUACUUAUUUGCAAGAAAUCUAUUAAUUGUCUGAACUUAAUUCUCUGUCCUACCAGUAAAUCAAAAAGCACUCGUUGUCACGGUGAUUUGAGUUAGCAAAUAUACUUCCACAAGUCUUAACAUAUUAUUCUUGUAUAUUAGUUAGAGAUUUCUGAUUUGAGAUGCACUUUAAAUGUAAAUUCUCAGUAGUACUGGAAAAGGAAUGUAAACUGCUGUAACAGCAUCAUGUGGGCUGUAAGAAAAUGUUACUGUACGAUGCUGUUAAAGAGCAAAGCUUGUAUGUUUUGUCCCAGUAGGUAAGUAGAGGAGGAGUCCUGUAGCAAAAAAGUAUCUAUACCUGAAGGACGCUUGGAAGCGUUGCACUUCAGAUACCUACUCUUCAAAGCAGAUAGGCAGGUUUACAUUUCAAAUUGUUUAGAGUCAAAUGCAUUUUAAACUAUUUCAACAUGGUAAGGUUCUCAUUUCUUGACACAAUGUAACAUGCUGUAUUCCUCUCAGACUCUACUCUUGAGUUGUAAUCUACUUUUUGUGAAGUUGGCUUAUUAACUUUAAAAUUACUAGGCGAAGACGAACUCUUACUUGGAAACAUGUAUAGUUGUGUUCUGCAGUACUACACUUUAAAGCGAUGGGACGUUUUCAGUAUAUCAAAGGGUAGCUUUGUAUUUAAGGCUUUAAAUUAUUUUGGCACUCACCCAGUGCUAUAGCUGUGUAAUUCCAUUCAAAUUCAAAGCCAGGUAAUACUCCUAAACUGCUCCUUUUGUGGAGACAGGCCAUCGGCAGGACCUCUAUAUAGUGUCUAAUUUUUAUUUUUUUUUCAUGUUUACUCUGGUUUUGGAAGUAGGUUAAAAUAAACUGCAAUGUUCAACUACACUCCAUACUUAGUAUGUAAACAGCUUACAUUCAAUAAAGAUGGGGGCUUCUGUUUAGUGUUUAUAGAAGUCCUUGUUUUUCUUGUAUGCAUCUAAGGUCAUAGACUGUCGGGACGGUGGAAAUGCUCUUCAACAAAACUGCUUGGUUUAGGAAGCACUCUGGAAGUUAAGUGCCUUAAUAUGCAAGCAAAUUUUGCUUUCUAACAUUAAAUUAAGGGUAGGCUUAAAUCCCUCUCUUCCAUUAACUGAAGUGUAGUUGCACAUACUUGGGAUGUCUGAAAAUUUGUCUAAAUGCCCACUGUAACCACCUAAAGAGCUGUGCUGAGGUUUGGGUCCAUUCUUGGGUUCUUGUAAAGGGAGGGGAGUGAGCAAGCUUGGCCUUAACUGAAGGAGCAUCAGCUCGGGGUGAGGCCAGCCUUGCAGAUGUAAAUUCGACCAGGAGAGCUGAGCUGCCUGCCCUGCAGACUCCAGGGAGCCUACCUGUGCAGGGAUCGCUCCUGCCAUGGAGCCUAUUAACCUGAGACAUUAAAUGAAUGUAUUAUCUUACCAAAUGUUUAUAAUGUGCAUUUUUUUUUUUAAAAGACUGAAAUAUUUCUAUCACAACUUUUGGAAUAAAUUCUUUUGUACAAUU